AUCUGCUUCUUGCUGUCUUUCAGUGGCAGGACCGCGUUCCAGCGUGCCGAGGAAACUUAAGCCUUCGGCUCUAGCACAGUGGAGUUUUCCUCUUCUACGUGAGACACAGCCAUGACAGAUCAAGAGUAUGUUCUUUGCAUGUGGAAGAAGCGUUUAUGGCCUGCAAAGGUUUUGUGCAAAACCAGAGUGACCGGGAGAGCAUGUGUUACGAAGGCAAAGGAGGCUUCUUUUGAAGUUGAAAUACUUGGAUUGCAAAAACAGAUCUGUGUGAAGCGUGCAGAUGCUGUACCACUGAAGGAAGAACGUAUAGAAGACAUCGCCUCGAACUUAGAUCAAAAGAAUAACUUGCGUGAGGCUGUGGAAGAACUGAAAUACCGCCGUUCUCUUAAAAUUGCCCUGGAUAUUUUGAAUCAAAAUGUGUCUCCUGGACAAGCACUGCCUUCAGAAGGACCAAAGGCUCAGCUAUCCCAGGAGAACAGUGCAGGAGCUCUCUCGUCUACCCCCUUACGUAGAUGUCGAUUGCUCUUUCACUCGAAAGAAAAGUUGAAGCCUGAGACUUCCAAGAAAAGAGACCAAAAAAAGACCCCCGGUCUGAAGGCUGAUACAAAAAAACAACCCCAGAAAGGUUCUUCCCUUUUGGAGGGGAGCUCUGCAGCACAUGGAAGGGGAACAAACCCUUCCAGAUGGGGUACUCCAGGCUUGUAUGGUACACCAAGCUCAGACAGUCAAAACUGUAAAACACCAGCAUCAAAAUCACUACCAGGACAGAAAGAAAUCAAGCCCAGAUUGCUGACAGAGUCCAAACCAGGAAAUAAAGUCUCCCUUAAGCCAGAGGAGGGAAAAAGUAAGCAAGGAAGAAAAAGAGCAAGAGGUGCAGGAUCUCCUGGGUCGCGUAGGAAUGAUUUCGUCAAGGAUCAAGCCCAGCCCCUUGUUGAGGAAGCGUCUCCUCUGUCUGUCCCCUGCAAGUCUGACGUGGUGGUACCCGCCAGAAGGGCACACGCCAGAAGUCAACCUAGAAGGACAUUGCUGGAUUCCUCUUGUAAAAGUGCCUCGGAUGGCUUGGAAAAAAGCAUCAGUAGUGAGAGUGAAAGUCUAGCAAAGCAAUUAGAUGGAAGAAAAAAGCCAGUGUGUUUGAAAUGGGUUAAAGGAGAGCAAGAGAUGGGUGCAGCUGCAUCCUCGGGCAGAAAAAGGAAACGCAGGAAUUGCCCUGAAUCUUCAUCUGGGCCCUCUGACCAUGGGAUGCUUUCUGAUAGCUUCCCCCCUCAGCCUAAGGAGGAGGAAAAUAAGAGCGCUUCAGACCUGGUUGCGAAUAAAGUAAAGCAGUUUCAGCUGCCUGACUUUGAGGAAGAUGAAGGACUGGAAUCAUCUGACGUGUCUUCAAAGUUAGUUUCCCCAGAGAGUCUCUCCUGCCUCUCAGCUCUGGUAGAUGAAGAGGAGGAGGAUGAAGAACUUCCCAGUAUUUUAUCACACCAAGAACCACAAUCAAUUGAAGAAGGGAUUUUGGUCUGGUGCAAAUUGCGAAGGUAUCCUUACUGGCCAGCAGUGGUGAAAAACGUGAAGCGGAAGCACAGAAAGGCGUAUGUGCUGUUUAUAGAAGGGAACACAAAUGACAAGAAAAAAGGUUUCUCAGUAUCUCUUAAGAACCUGAAGCACUUUGAUUGUGAAGAAAAGCAGGACCUCAUAGAACGAGCCAAAGAAGAGUAUCGCCGAGAAAUCGAGUGGUGCAUUCGAUUGAUUUCUGACUAUCGAAUUAGAGUAGGUUGUCACUCUUUUACGGGAUCCUUCUUGGAAUAUUUUGCUGCUGAUAUCAGCUACCCAGUUAGAAAGGAAGGUUACCAAGGCUCAGUCCAAAUGACCUUUCCAGAUGCAGCGGAAGACGCUGAAGAGUCGUCUUCGGAAACUUCACCUCAGAAGCCCUCCAAGAAACUUCUUCCUGACAGAACCAGAGCCGCUAGAGAUAAAGCGAAUAAAAAGAUCGUGGAGUUUAUAGUGAAGACUAAGGGGGCCGAAGAGCAUCUUUUGGCUAUUUUGAAAAGCAGAAAGCAAUCCCGCUGGCUGAAGGAGUUCCUGAAUUCCAGUCAGUACAUGACCUGCGUUGAGACUUAUUUAGAGGAUGAAGAACAACUGGACCUUGUAGUGAACUACCUGAAGGAAGUGUAUAGUGAAAUAGGUGCUAAAAAUCUGCAUCAGAUAACUGGAGAUGGAAUAAAAUUUAUUUCGGAUGUCCUUUUGCCUGAAGCCAUCAUUUACGCGAUUUCCGCUGUGGAUGACAUAGAUUACAAGAAGGCAGAAGAGAAAUACAUAAAAGGACCAUCUGUGAGCAAGAGGGAGAGAGAAAAAUUUGAUGAAGAAAUUCUAGAGAGAAAAAAGUGUAAGACCAAAGUAGCAUCUGCAGACAGCGCCUGACCAGGAGGACAAACCUUCCCUUCCCAAUUUACCCUGGCACUGAGUGUGUAUCAUGAAGCGGUUGUUUGUAUAAAACCUGUAAUUC